AUGAGUUCCGGCGAUGAUCGGGAGAAUGACAGAUCAGCAAUCGUGUUAUACGGUUCAGAAACCGGAAAUGCACAGGAGGUAGCGGAGGAGUUGGGGAGGCUUGCUGAAAGAUUGCAUUUCUCGACUCACGUGGCCGAGCUUAAUGAAGUUAAAGCUGAUUCUUUAGCAUCAUAUACGAUUACGAUAAUCGCCGUGUCGACCACCGGUCAGGGAGACUUUCCAGCCAAUGCGAGAUCGUUCUGGAGGACGCUUCUGCUCAAGAGGCUCCCGCCCACUUUCUUGCAGGGGGUGAACUUCGCACUAUUUGGGUUGGGAGAUAGCUCAUAUCCAAAGUUCAAUUGGGCUUCGCGGAAGCUGUAUAAGAGGUUGCUACAAUUGGGUGCUAACGAGAUAUAUCCAUCCGGAGAAGCUGAUCAACAACAUCCAGAAGGACUCGAGGCUACAUUUCUACCAUGGUGUUCAGAUCUGCGAAAGCAUCUCCUCGACGAGUAUCCCCUUCCUUCCGGUCAGCAGCCGAUACCGGAUGAUGUACCGCUUCCUCCUAAAUGGAUCCUAGAAGAACAGAGCAAUCCUUCAGUGUUCAAAGAACCAGACGUGAAGAUAGUGUCCGGGGUUGAAAACGACGAAUACCCAGGACUUUAUCGUCUUGAUCAUGACGAACGACCAAUCCCUAACACAUUCACUGCCAAACUCACUCAGAACAGAAGAGUCACGCCAUCUAAACAUUGGCAAGAUGUCCGCCAUAUAUCUUUAACGGUCCCUGAAUCUAUGAAAUAUGAUCCUGGAGAUAUGAUUUCCAUCAUGCCGAAGAAUUUCCCCCAGGACGUUGAUAACCUGAUAAAGAUGAUGGGCUGGGAAGAACAGGCAGAUAAGCCCAUCAAAUUUGUCCCUGGGGUCGGCCUGCGGUCCAAAAAGAAUAUUCCACCAGCACCGAUUCCCUACCUCGUCUCCUUCCCACAUUUGACUCUGCGGAUUCUCCUGUCAGAUUAUUUGGACAUCAAGUCUAUCCCUCGACGAUCCUUCUUAUCCGCCAUUGCCCAUUAUACGAAUGAUGAGAUGCAUAAAGAGCGAUUGUUGGAAUUCACGAAACCUGAGUAUAUAGAUGAAUUAUGGGACUACACGACGCGGCCUCGACGAAGUAUCUUGGAAGUUCUUCACGAAUUCGACAGCGUCAAGAUCCCCUGGCAGCACGCCGCCUCCGUCUUUCCUGUUCUGCGUGGUCGACAGUUCAGUAUUGCAAGCGGUGGAGAAUUGAAACAAACCCCGGACGGUGGCACCAAGUUUGAGCUGUUGAUCGCCAUCGUCAGAUACCAGACAGUUAUCAAGAAGAUUCGGGAAGGGGUAUGCACGCGAUACCUCUCUGUCCUUCGUCCAGGGAGCACGGUUAAAGUUCAGCUGCAACGAGGAGGACUCAAUUCCUCCAUGAAGCAACUUAUCGGGCCAUCCGUUCUUGUCGGUCCCGGAACGGGCAUCGCUCCACUACGUGCCAUGAUCUGGGAGAAAGCUACUAUCGCAAAAGCAUAUCGUACAGAGAAUCCGGGUAUAGAUCCCCCAAUUGGACCCACCGUCCUUGUAUUCGGCGGCCGCAACCGCGCGUCAGAUUAUUUCUUCGAAGAAGAAUGGAAGCAGCUCUCGGAAACAAUUGAUUUAAAGGUCCUAACGGCCUUCUCACGAGAUCAGAAACAAAAGUUCUACGUACAGGAUGUCAUCAGAGAGAACUUCAACAUGUUGUUCAAUCUCCUGCAUGAUUUGUCUGGAUCUGUGUAUAUCUGUGGUUCAUCUGGAAAGAUGCCACAGGCAGUUCGAGAGGCGUUGAUAGAGACCUUUCAGCAUGGAGACCACAGUGGAGUGGAGAAUUACACUAGGGAACAGGCGGAGAAGUACUUGGUCGAAAUGGAAAAACUCGGAAGGUAUAAGCAGGAGACGUGGUGA